AUGCAAAAUGAUUUAGAUCACUCGCAUGAGGAAAAUAAGCGUAUGCAUAAUUCUAUGAAUCAAAUUACCCCUCUAGCUAAUCAACUAAAUGAAUCGCUAAGGUCUAUGGUUAAAUCACUGGAAAGCAUAAUAUCUUUGAUGCAAAAAGCUUCAUCUUUGAAGGAUUCCGAUAUCGCCUCUCUUAAGACAAAAAUAAAUAAACUGGAGGUUGAGUUAGAACAAAUUGCGCAAAAAGUUUUAUUAAAGGAUUCUGAUACUAAUCAGUUGUAUAGCAAUCCCUCUCUUGAGAUUAAAGCAAAGGAAUUGGAAAAUGAAUUGGAGAAAGUUACGCAAAAUUCAUCAUUUAAGGAUGG